AUGGGCUUCUUAAAGACUUUUCUUCCACCUGGCGAUCGCUAUGCAGCCCUCUUGCUUUAUGGCAUGGUACUAUCGACAUGCUUCAAUGGCUACGACGCAGGCAUCAUGACUGUUAUUCUUGCAGAUAACCAAUUUGUCGAGUACUACAGCGUUGAUGCCAAUCGCUCUGGAAUUAUUGCUUCCAUACCUUGGGCAGCUACCGGCGUUGCGCAGCUCUUCAUCGGAGGCACUCUUGCAGGCUAUUUAGGGCGCCUUUGGGCACUCCGUAUAUCUAUUGUUAUCAUGAUCAUUGGAGUCAUACUGCAAGUCGUACCAAAUACGUUCGGGGUCCUUAUCCUGGGCCGAUUGCUAAGUGGUCUUGGCUUCGGGUGCGUCUACAUAGCAACUAGCCUCUAUGUCGCAGAAUGCUCUCCCAAAACGCUGAGAGGAAGUUUUGUCGGCACAGUCACACAAUUUGGCUAUCAGCUAGGAACCCUAAUCGCGUUUUGGGCCGGCUACGGCAUGUCCUUCUAUGACCAUCCAUUCAACGUUGCCUGGCGUGUUUCAAAUUUGAUUCAAAUUCCAAUUGGUCUUGCCUUCAUCUUCAUAUCUUUCUGGUACCCCGAAUCACCGCGAUGGAUACUAGAAAUGCAUCCGGAAGAAACAGAUCGUGUAAUGAAUAUUCUGUGCAAACUCCGUAUGGGAACUCCAGACUCCCAUCAUGUGCGGGAAGAGUACCACGAGCUCAUGGCGUCAUACCUCUAUCGGAAACGCUUCAAAUCUGGCUAUACCCGACUCUUCACCUCAGCAGCUCUGAGAAAACGCCUCCUGUACGGUUUCUAUGCCACCGCGCUUCAGCAAGCCGGGGGUAUUGCAGCUUUGACAAUGUAUGCUGCGAUAAUUUAUAAAUCACUGGGCUGGGACAAAGGCCACCAGGCGUUGGCCAUCAACGGCGUUCAGGCAGUUUUGCAACUCUUCAUCGUGCUCAUUAAUACCGCAACUGUAGACCGAUUCGGUAGGAAGACACUGCUAAUUGCGGGAUUUUCAAUCCAAGUACUAGCGUUACUCAUCAUGUCUAGCCUGACGACGGCAUUCCCUCAUAACGAUAACAAGCCGGCGGCUGUCAUGGAGGUUGUGUGUCUCUUCAUCGUUGGUAUGACAUACUGUUGGUCAAAUGGUCCAAUCCCUCCUGCUAUCGCGUCGGAAAUCUUUCCACAAGAAGUGCGAGACAAGGCGUUUGGCAUUUCUCUGCUUGGACAGACGGCUUGUCUCCUAGCAAUCACCCAACCCUGGCCGAAGUUUAAUAACGAGGUUGGCGGGAGAAGUUAUUGGCUCUUACUAGGUCUUAACACCCUUUGUCUGCUAAGCGUGAUAUUUAUUCUCCCAGAGACCAAGGGGGUAUCUCUGGAGCGCAUGGAUACCAUAUUCGGCGAAGUUGACGCCGUCGAGGCAGGGGAGGAGGAUAAUAGAGAAAAACUAGAGAUAGCUGAUGUGAUACAUGAAGAAUUGGUCCCUGAGGCGGGUAUAAAAGAACAUGAAGACAAACAACACUAA